AACGAUUAUAAGCACAUGCCACAUCUUCUGUCUGCACUCUUCUCUUCCUUAGGUCUCUGUCUCCCAGCAAACUCUCCCACUAUCUGCUUGUGUCAUUUCAUGAAAGAAAGCAAAAGCAAAACAGAAGCAGAGAGAAGGGUUGGGAGGAUAAAGGGUUAUUAGGAAAUCAGUGGGAGUGGGAGAGAAAGAGAGAGAGAGUAGGAGGGAGAUGAGAGGGGAGUAAGCCAUGUUUUGAGCACAGGCUACUGACCGCUUAGACAAAAAAGAAAAAGAUAGAAAGAAAGUGCGAGACAAGGAGAUAAACGGCCAGCAAGACACAAGAUGGCUACAGUCUCUUCUGAUUUAAAUGCUGAAGAGGGACCUUGUCUACCCAUGAGGCGCCUCUUAUUGUUGGGGUUCCAAGGCUCCGGUAAAACCUCAACAUUGAGUACCAUCUUGAGUCAAGUGAAAACCCCAUCUGACCAUUCCCAAAUAGAGCAGCAUCAGCACUGUUUAGAUAUACUUAAUGGUAAACUGCUGGUCAUUGACACCCCUGGAUGGCAACUGGAAACUGGAGAUACAUCAGACGAGAGGGACUCCGAGAACCAGCAAUUCAUCAUUGAUCAAUGCUCUCCUGGUCCCCAUGCAGUUUUGCUGGUGGUUCCCAUUGGAGCUCCAUUCACUGAGCACCACUGGCAAGGUCUGUGGUGUCGGGUCAGGGCUCUGGGAGCAGGAAUAUGGAGGCACACCAUGGUUUUGUUCACCUGUUCGGACCAGUUGCCGCAGGACAAGGGAGUGGAGGAAUUUAUUGUGGAUGGAGGGGCAGCACUGCAGAGGCUGGUGGAAAGGUGUGGCUGCAGGUACCACACCUUGGAUAACACCUGCUCGGACAACGGCACUCAGGUUGCUGAGCUUAUGCAGAAAGUGGAGGAAAUGGUGCAUGACAAUCAGGGCUGGUUCUUUGAGAUGGAUAGGCCAGACCUGGUGUUCGAGGAUGAUGCGAUUCAGGGGGAAAGAGAAGAUGAUGGAGUCACAGAAGUGGAGAGGACGCCAGCAAUGUUUAGAUCUCCACCAAGAGAGUUACGGUUGCUGUUAGUUGGCUGGCGUGGAGCUGGUAAGAGCUCUGCAGGUAACAUUCUGUUGGGCUGUCGUGCGUUUGAAUCAGGACGCCCCACAGAGGUCUCUGUCCGCCACCAAGCAUUCGUAGCUGGUCGACGCCUCACGGUUGUCGACACGCCAGGUUGGGAUUGGUUCUCCGUCCAACGCACACCCAGCAACGUUCGAAAAGAAAUCAAACAAGGGGCGGGGCUUCUCCAUCCCGGUCCACACGCACUCUUAAUGGUCAUCCCUGUGGUCUCCACACUCACUCCCAAAAAGAGGCAGGCCCUCAAGAGCCAUUUGGAAAUGUUUGGUGAGGAGGCGUGUCUACACACACUGGUUCUUUUCUCAUGUGGUGAUUGGCUGGAUGGCACAUCAAUUGAGGAUCAUAUCCAACAGGACGGUGGUGAGCUGCUGAAACUGAUGAAGCAUUGCUGGAACUGUUAUCAUGUGCUGGACUGUACCAAGGCCAACAAGGACAGGACACAGGUGACUGAACUCUUGCAGAAAAUAGAGGAAAUGGUGGCAGAGAAUGGACAGAAGCCUUUUUUACCUGUCAAACUGAACCAAGAACUAGAUGAGGAGGAAACGAGUGGAAGAUGCACUCUGCAGUGAAGAAUGAGACAAUAUCGUGUGCACGUCCAGAGCACAUUUCAAAAUGAUGUACUAAGACAGUGAAAAAAAUCGGACUUUUUGGAUUCUGAAACAAGCAUUUUUAUCCUGCAACUGAUCACACAUAAGGUCAUUCAUACGGUUUGUAUUUCAUCUUGAUCAAUAGAAUGCAAAUAUUAUAUUACAUGGACAUUACACUGCUUUUGAACUUCAUGGAAAAUAUGUUCUAUUUAUGUUUACAUUCAGUAUACAGAAGUGCAACCUAAAUUUCUGGCUUCUCAAGCAAUGUAGAUGGGUUAGCCACUGGACUUUCAUGAGUUUAAAAUUAAGAGCUAUUACUUUUGCUACAGACCACAAAUCAGUUAUUUACUCAUAUUGACACUAGCGCAACAUGCACACAUCUGUAUUGAUACUGAAUAUUUGCAUAUUUGACAAUAAACAGGCCAACUGCCCAAAAUGAUUCUAUCCAUUUCCGUUAUGUAUCACAGGACUCUCAUAACCAAUAUUGUACAGUAUUUAUACAACCUGGAUAUAUAACCUAGAUUAUAUCAGGUGGUCUUGAUAACAGUGUAUAGACUAUUUAUACUGUUUUUCAUGCACAUUCAAUGUAAUGUUAGAAUGUAGAAUUUAAUUGAAUACAGCAUUCAUUGAAUUAUCAUACACAGUAUGUGCACAGGGAUUAAGUGCACCUGAAAUAGAACUGUGUUCUAGAGUAUAAAACGGUUUUCUUUACAAAGACUGAACUGAAUGUGCCAAUAAGAAUCUUUUUGUUUUAAAUUUGAUAUGACUUGAUAACCAUAACCAAUAAGGAGGGCAUGAGUCAAUAUAAAGUUCUACCUUUAUGCUUCUGAACUGUACUAAUGGGUGGUGUUGAGCAUUUAGGGGCAUUGCUGUGUUACCUACCCACAAAUAUUUCGCCCAAUAUGACAACAUAUUAUGAAAACCAAAAUGCUUAGGCCCAAAUUCAGCCUCAAAUGUGUCUUUUAACUGGUAAUAUGUAUUUGGAGCCCAGCUGACUCUCUUGUAUUUUUUUCACCUCAUAUUUUCAUAUUAAUAAAGGUAAUUUUUACAGUGAAAUCCGUGCAUUGUUUGAGUGGUGAUUCUUUGGUUGCGGUUUCCUCAAAUCAGUCUCAAACUUAAAAGGCCCACAAAGUGAAGAUUCCCACAUAUAACCAAAAUCCAGUGUUUAUAAUUUAUGUGUUGGGUAUUUGAUGCAGUCAUUCUUCAAGUAAAACAAGUCCCAAUAAUAGUGUACUUUCUUUCUUUGGAAUAAAGAAGUCUGCUAAACAAGCAACAAACAUGUUUUGAAGAGUCUUCCAUGCACCCCGAUCACUUUAUGCAGGACUCAAUUCUUGCUUCAUCUUCAGAGUGGAAUUUUCUGACCUCAGUCUGCAGAUUCACUCCACAUACAGAACCAUUUUGAUUAUCUGUAACAAAAUCAACUUUAUACACCAAUCAGCCACAACAUUAAAACCGGAUGCCAAAUAUUGUGUAGCUCCCCCUCGUGCUGCCAAAACAGUGCAACCCACAUCUGAGAAUAGCAUUCUGAGAUUAUAUUCUUCUCACCAUAAUUGUACAAAGCGACUAUCUGAGUUACUGUAAACUUUUGUCAGUUCAAACCAGUCUGGCCAUUCUCUGUUGACCUCUCUCAUCAACAAAGGGAUUUCCAUCCACAGAACUGCCCCUCACUGGACGUUUUUGGCACCAUUCUAAGUAAAUUCUAGAGACUGUUGUGCAUCAAAAUCCCAGGAGAUCAGCAGUUACAGAAAUACUCAAACCAGCCCAUCUGUCAGCAACAAGGAAUGGCCAGACUGGUUCAAACCGACAAAGUCUACGGUAACUCAGAUAACCGCUCUGUACAAUUGUGGUGAGAAGAAUAGCACCUCGGACUGCUAUUCUGAGAUGUGGGUUGGUGCUGUUUUGGCAGCACAAGGGAACCUACACAAUAUUAGGAAGGUGGUUUUAAUGUUGUGGCUGAUCAUAAUUUAUAAUUAUAAUUUUCUUUAUUUAUCACACAUUAUACAUUUGCACAUAUACGGUGAAAUUCUUCUUUUUCACAUAUCCCAGCUAGGCUGGGGUCAGAGUGCAGGGUCAGCCAUGAUACGGCGCCCCUGGAGCAGAUAGGGUUAAGGGCCUUGCUCAAGGGCCCAACAGUGGCAUCUUGGCGGUGCUGGGGUUUGAACCCCCAACCUUCUGAUCAGUAACCCAGAGCCUUAACCGCUGAGCUACCACUGCCCCUGCCACUACCACUGCCCCAUUGUAUAUAAUAAAACAAUAUUAUAAUACUGCCAAAAGAAAAGACAUUGAAACGGGUGUUCUUUUCCUACGGUAUUUUUUUUUUACACGUUAAAAGUGAUAGUGAUUUCCAAUAAUAGAUCCAUAAUAUGACAAAAUAUUUACAAAUAUGUGCAAUUAAAUAAGUGCACACUAUAACAUUUCUAUGAGACACUAGGAAAGUUUAAAUAUCAAGCUAAAGCAUUUACAUGGCACAGAAGUUUAGCUUGGAAAUUUCAUAACAGACAUACAGUGCAUCAGUACACAAUGAGCUGGUUAAUAUAAAAUACUGUGCAUUAAAUUUGACACGCAAGAUGAAAAAAAAA